AUGAGUAAACAGUCAUCAACGUAUACCCUCCCCCCAAAAGAGCUUUCGAUUUUUAAAAGGGUUGUUAAAUAUUAUGAUCAAAAACAGUAUAAGAAUGGGUUAAAGUAUGCCAAACAGAUACUGAGCAACCCAAAGUUCAGUGAACAUGGAGAAACCUUGGCUAUGAAGGGUAUUUUGUUAAAUUGUCUUGGGAAAAAGGAUGAAGCAAGAGAAUAUGUAAAGCGUGGUCUGAAGGCUAAUAUAACAAGUUUUGUUUGCUGGCAUAUCUAUGGACUGAUUCACAAAUCCGACCACAAGUACGAAGAGGCGAUAAAAUGUUAUCUCCAAGCCCUAAGGCUGGAUAACGACAAUUUACAAGUACUCAGAGAUCUAUCAGUUCUGCAGAUGCAAUUAAGGGACUAUGAAGGCUGCAAGGAUAUCCGUUACAAAUUAUUAUUGUUGCGGCCUAGUCAAAAGGCCUCUUGGAUAGGAUAUGCCUUAAUUCAUCACUUACUGGGAAACUACGAAACCGCACUUACAAUUAUUAACGAAUUCAGGAAAGGUCAGAGCGAGAUACCACCUUUCGAUUAUGAACACAGUGAAUUGCUGCUUUAUCAAGCUAUGGUAAUGCUGGAAGCUGGAAAGGAAGAGGCCGCCUUAGAACAUCUAGAAAGCAGCAGCAAUCAGAUAGUUGACAAGAUAUCAUUGUUGGAGAUGAAAACCGAAAUUUUACUGAAACUCGGUCGAUUUCAAGAGGCGGCUGAUUGUUCGUGGGAACUGAUCGGUCGGAAUCAAGAAAGUCAAACUUAUUGCGAACUUUUAUCUCGUGCCAAUACUGCAUUAGCCACUGGCAACACAAAGGAAAACUCCGAAUUGACCAAAAAAACCUAUGAAGCUAUCAUUUCCCGUUAUCCACAGUCCCGUCUAUCCAGGCGGUUAAUUUUAAAUUAUUGUUCAGGAGAUGAGUUUCUUCAAAGACUGGAUUCUUACCUGAAGCCGUACAUAAGAAAGGGCGUUCCUCCACUAUUUAUUCAACUCGUGGGGCUUUUAUAUGACUCUGAAAAGUUAGCAAUGUUUGAGAGUCUUUUGGAUAAGUAUCGAAAAAACAUGCAUCUUACUGGCUCUCUGGACUUCGAAGAAGAAUGUGGCUUCAAGGAUGCUCCUACUACAGAAAUUUGGCUCACUUACUUGUUAGCCCAGUAUUACAAUUUCAACAGAAAAUAUCAGGAAGCUAUUGACCUCAUUGAUGCUCAGUUAUUAUCAACGCCUACUCUGGUCGACUUUUAUGUCCUAAAAGCUGAUGUCUUUCAUGAUGCAGGAGACUACAUAACAGCCAGUCGAUGGAUGGAAGAGGCUCAGUCGCUUGAUACAGCUGAUCGUUUUAUUAAUGCUCGCUGUACAAAAUUCAUGGUUGAAGCUCAUCGCCUAGAAGAUGCUACUAAUAUGGCAUCUAAAUUUACAAGGGGUAACACAUCGGCGAAGGAAUAUUUAUCUGAGAUGCAGUGUAUGUGGUUUUUACUUGACAAUGCGAAGGCGCUCAAAGAAAUGGGUAAACUUGGUGAGGCUCUUAAAUUGUGUCACGAGGUGCAACAGCAUUAUAGAAAUAUUCUCGAUGAUCAACUGGACUUCCACUCCUACUGCUUGCGAAAGGUCACUCUUCGAGCUUAUGUUGAAACAUUACGCUUGGAAGAUCGCUUACGAGAUCACCAAUCUUAUUUUGAUACUACCCAACUUGCAGUCGAAAUUUACUUGCAGUUGUAUGCUCAACCAUUAGGAAGUAAUGAUGAAUCCCCACAUGGAGAAAAUGAUGGUAUGACAUCAUCUGAGGCUAAAAAAUUACGCAAUAAACAACGUAAAGCUGCUAAACGUGCCGAAGCAGAAGCUGCUCGUGCUCGAGCUGAACAAGAGCGUCGGGAGCAGGCGGCUCGAUCAAGACAACCUGCAUCUGAAGAAGCGAAUCCAGAGAAUCAAUCAGCAAUAGAAAACGAUUUAGAUGCAAAUCUUCUAGCCAGGCCUGAGGAUCCUUUGGAAGAGGCCUGCAAGUUUCUUCUUCCGUUAUUGGAAUUGUCACCUAAAAUCAUUGAAGCUUAUUGUUUAGCUUUUGAAGUUUACGAAAGAAAGCGAAAAUUUUUGUUCAUGCUAAAGUGGAUCUCUCGAGGUCUUCAAUUGAAUAACUCUCGUGAUAACCCAUGGUUUCAUGAGUGCUGUGUAAGAUUUCUAUUGCAGUUACUUAAUCGGAGCAAAUCAGAUGAUGUAGUUGGUAGAGUACUGUCAACUGAAGUACCUAAAUUAUUCAAUGACUGGCCAGAUGAUAUUUCAUUUAUUAAGAAUUAUAAUGAAAAGUUUUAUGAGCGUAAUCUUAAUCAGUACUCCCAUGUAUUUAGAUAUACUAUAGUUCAGUGUUUGAUUGACCCUCAAAACAGAAACAGUUAUCUUGCUUCUAUCCCACUGCCGAACGAUAAAUUUCAAGGUGUAACCUGGCAGGCAUGCAGUAGUUGCUUGGAUAUUCUACGAAGAGGUCAAUGGACGUCUUUAGGUCGCUGUGAUCCUUCUGUCAUUGAAAAAUAUCGCGUCGCUUGUGCAGAGUAUUUCCCUAUGGCAAAUGCAUUCCUGACAACUGCCCAAAUCGAAGCAUUACGUGAACAAAUGAUUGAGGCAGCUAAUUUAUCCGCUAUAUGUGGUGUGUUCACACUAUCAAGUGAUAAGGAUCAGCAAUUCGAUGUUAGUGAGGAACCGGAGAAUAAAGUAUCAAAUAAAUUGUCUACAUUGACUAUUGAUUCAAAACACAUGGUUAAUGGGGAUCUGAAGGACUCGGCCAAAUGUAUUCCAAAUUCUUGUAAAGAAGUUCCACUUACAAAUAAAACAGCUGAUGUUGUUGUUUAA